AUUUGGUUCUGUGGUUGCCUGGCAACUCUGCAUUUUGUUGUCAAACCAAUUUUUAGCUAACGCUAGCUCGGCCAGUGUACUUCAUUUAACGCUGUUAGCCGACUUGUAACGUGUAGAUUUGUGUUUAGUCUGUGUAUUGUUUGAGGUUAUUAAACAUGUCUGACGUUAUUUACCCACGAGAAAGCGUCUACAAUCUUAUUCCAAAGGAAGAGAGUCCAAUUCAAAAACCGUCACGGUAUGUAUCUAAGUUCAGGCCAAAUGUUGUUCGUGAGAGCAAGUCAAGCAAAAAUGCGAUGAGAAUGAUGGGACCAGCAAAAGUAGAGGUGCCAUCUCCAGAUAAAUUCCUCAAGAAGCAUUCGAAAGAGCACAAACUACCUGAAAAAACACAUCGCUCGAAAGAUGCUUGCUGCACUGUGAGGAAACCACCGGUUCCUGCAAGGACUGACCACCCACCAAUGGGGAUUCACACCAAGAGGGACUUUGUGAAGACAACUGUGGCGGUGCCGAUGAAGCCACAGCCUAUAAGUGUGGACACCCACAAGGGACACAAGCAGCCCCUUGAAAACUCAGGCCUUGUCCCCAAGUACAUAAUGAAAAAGGAUUACGGUGAAGUACCUGAGUACCUGCAGCAGCGCAACGAAGAAGAGCGAAGGGCUCAGGAGGAGUUCAACAACUUUGUUAGAGAACAGCGGGAGCAGGGAGCCAUGAAACACCUGUCGGACGAGGAGCGACAAGCCGUCCUGGAGGGCCUGAAGUCGAACUGGGAUAAGCUGCAUCAUGAGUACCAGGGCCUCUCUCUCUUCAUCGACACACUGUCAAAGAAAGCCCACAAGGAGCGGCUGGAGGAAGCAAUGAAGCAGCUGGAGAAGGACAUCAGCCUCUUCGAGAGAUUCAGAACCAUCUACAUACCCGAUAAUUAGGACAUUAGGGUCUUGGAAUCACAUCAGAUUUCGCUGUGCUGAUUGUCCACCUAAAUAUCACAUGAGAAAAAUAAAAUUAUUUUGCCGCUUUU